AUGGCGGAAGCUGUGGUAGAUGUGGAGCGUUUAAAGCUUGGUCCGACGAAGUUGUGGACGGGAUUGGUGUUGCAUCAUAAGGAUGUGUUUGUCUCGCAUGUGAUUCCGAAAUUGAAUAGGACAGAUCGGUGUUUCUUUUCACUGGUGAAUAGAGAGAGUUGGGAUGUGCUUCAGUAUGCCGGGGUAAACGUAUCGGAAUUAAGAUUGACUGUUGCCAAAUGUUCAUCGAUUUCGACGUUGGAAGUGGUGUGGAAUAACUUUCCCUGGGGAGAGAGAGAUAAAAGCGGAAGAGUGGCAGAUCAAGCCUUGUUUUGCUGGCAAGUUGCUACAACGAGCAAACUCGAGUUGCUCAAGUGGGCGAGAGAAGUGAAACAGUGCGAGUGGGAUGAAAGGACGAUUGUCGAGGCGGCAUGUUUUGGUAAUCUCGAGAUACUUAAGUACUGCUUCUCUAAUGGUUGCCCGUGUGAUGAAGAAAAGUCGUGUAAACAAGCUGCUGCUAGAGGACACCUCGACUGUGUUCGAUUUCUUUUCGACAAAGUGAAACCUUCGCGAGAUACGGAAGAAGAUGCGGCACAUCAGGCGGCAGGACAUGGUCGCAUAAACAUCUUGAAAUAUCUUAUUGAAGAAAGAAAGGUAUUUUAUGCAGUAAAACUCGACUGUGUGGCAACCGCUACAAGGUUUGGCAAACUCGAUUGCCUCAAAUACUUAGUCGAAGAGGCGAGAGUGCCUCUUGACAACUGUCGAUACGUCGCUUUCGCUCGGUAUUACGAGCAACCCGAGUGCGAAAACUACUUGCUCGAAAAAGGGUUCUCGGAACCAACGGACGAAGAAUACGCCGCAUUUGUCGAGGAAGAACCCCAUCACCAUCAGUAG